GUUACGACGUCCAAUCACAUGCGCCUAAAUAAGGAAGUGUGAUGUCGCUCGUCAAAGAUUCUGGAUCAUGGGCAUGGUUAGCAAGCAAGGCUAAUAUUUUAUCUUAAAAUUCAUACAACAGAGGAAAUAGCGGUUAUUCUAUUAAUUAUUCACACAGUCAGAAUGAUUGACGACUUCGAGAGCCAGGAGGUGGCCCGGUCCAGCGGGGAGCUAUGGACCGAAAUCUGCUCCAGCCUGCCCGAACCACAGGCUGUAGCAGCCCCGGAGGUAAACACGGAGUUCAGAGAUUCAUUCGAGCCAGCAGCACAAGAGGAAGUGCAGGUCAAUGGACACUCAAACGGGACAAAUGACAGUUCUUCUGACGUCAUAUGGGAACCCAUGGAGGAUUCUGAGAUCUACAUAGCCAGUUUAGAGAACCGACUGAAGAAGAUAAAGGGCCAGUCAAGUGAUGUGACAUCCAAGGACAUGUUGCGCUCCUUGUCUCAAGCUAAGAAAGAAUGCUGGGAUAGAUUUCUACAUGACGCUCAGACCUCGGAGCUCUUCCAAGGCGGGGACAUGGACCAAAGUGCUAUUGAGCACUUCAAGAGGUGGCUGAUUCCUGAAAAGGUGGCCAUUAGCGCAGAAGAGCUGGAGUUCCUUCUGAGGCCGUCUCAGAAUAACGAAAUGACUGAACCAAACCAAACACAGAGUGAAGAGGACACGAGAGAUGAAAACAAACCUGAGGAAGAUGAUGCUCAUAGCCCGGAGAAAUGAGUGUGUUAAAAUAGUAACACUGAAAACUCAUUUAGUGUGCAUUAGGUAGGGGUGACUCCUUACCCCCCCCCCCCCCCCCCCCCCCCAUGCUCAUUUUGAGCAGUGUAAUGUAAUAGCAGUGUUUUGGCCAAAGCUUUUGUGAGCAGUGGUCAAACAAGUAAUUACAGCCCGUCAUCAUCCCCUGUAUCCCCAGCAACUGAGUGUUAAGUACUUCUUCAAUCCUUGUUAUUUACCCCUUCUACCAAAUCACACCGGAAAAAAAAAACCUUUAAAUUUGAUUUAUUUUGUCGUGUAGCUGUAAAAUUACUAUCUCGUCUUUGUAGUGACCCCCAUUAUAUCUGUAACAAGAACGGCUCUACUUUGAAUACAUAUUGAAAGGUUAAUGGAGGACCACAUGCAGUUCUGUUGUAAAUGUUUUGAAAAAUUGUUACAUGUUGAGUAGCAGCACUCUGAUCUAAUCCUGAAAAUAUUGUAUAAUAUUGUGAAUGUCUUUGUGUUUUCCUUGUUCAUUUUACUAAUAAAGUUUGACCCACAUUUUUAAAAAACAA